GGACGUGCCUCUGCUGGCCCCGCCCCUAUAUAAGGGGCGGCUUCAGCGCGGUCCUGACCGCGGUCGUCGCGUCUCCCGCAGCCGACCCGCGCUCGGGCACCAUGGCAGACCAGUCUUUUGUGACUCUAGCCACAAAUGACUCCUAUGUGAAAGGAGCACUGGUACUUGGUUCAUCCUUGCAACAGUACAGAACAACAAGGAAGCUGACUGCACUCAUAACUCCUCAGGUCUCAGAUCUUAUGAGGAGAGUGCUGGAAAAAGUCUUUGAUGAAGUCAUAUUGGUAAAUGUCUUGGAUAGUGGGGAUUCAGCACACUUGGCGUUAAUGAAAAGACCUGAGCUGGGUGUCACACUAACAAAACUUCACUGCUGGGAACUGACACAGUUUUCAAAAUGUGUUUUCAUGGAUGCAGACACAAUGGUUUUGUCAAAUAUAGAUGAGCUUUUUGAGAGAGAAGAGCUGUCUGCAGCACCAGAUCCAGGCUGGCCCGACUGUUUUAAUUCAGGAGUUUUUGUUUACCGACCUUCCAUUGAAACAUACAGUCAGCUGUUACAGUUUGCCACAGAGAAAGGCAGCUUUGAUGGUGCAGAUCAGGGGUUAUUAAACACCUUCUUCAGCAGCUGGGCAACAACAGACAUGAGCAAACAUCUACCGUUUAUAUAUAAUUUGAGCAGCACUUCUGUAUAUUCCUACCUUCCAGCAUUUAAAGCGUUUGGUGCAAAUACUAAGGUAGUGCAUUUCCUGGGAAGUACAAAGCCAUGGAACUAUACAUAUGACUCCAGAACAAAAAGCAUAAAGGGCAACAUGGAUGACCCUAAAAUAGUUCACCCAGAAUUCCUCAACAUGUGGUGGGAUACCUACAUAGCCGAUGUUUUACCAUUACUAGAACAGCACGGAAUUGUUAAAGAUAUUACUACAGGAGUAAAUAUGGCAGAAGUUACAGAGGCAGUGUCCCACGUGUCAGUAUCACCAUUAUUAUCCACUGAAUCUUCAGAAGAACGCAAGGAACGGUGGGAACAGGGCCAAGCUGACUAUAUGGGAGUGGAUUCCUUUGACAACAUCAAGAAGAAACUUGAUACCUACCUUCAGUAGAAGUGCCUGUCUCAAACAGUGGUGAUGCAAGGACUUAUUCCAGAACUAACAGCUAGAAAGGUAUAGAUGGUGGUCAGUUACACUUGCUAGUAGCUUGAGGAAAAACUUCUUGGCUGAAAGCCUCUGCAGUGCUACAGAUGAAGACUGAGCAAAAGCUAGGAAGCAGAAUCCUUGGGCCACCUAUUACUGCCCAAUUUCCAGUUCUCCUUACUAGAUAAAACCAGGUAUUUUCAGCUUAAAAUUUCUUCUGUUUUGAUCAAUUGGCUCACCAUAUUCUUUAAACUGGGUUUGUUACUUCACCUCAUUAAGGUGAUUAGCAUUGAUUCCUUUGCUUGCUGUUUUAGAUGUAAAAUCUAAUUCAUGGGAUUGCUCAUACACUGGAGUGGUAGCCAUUCUGCUUUACCAUAGAUGUAUUAAUGACACUGGAAUACAUACAGUUUUAACAGUAAUAGCACUGCUUUGCUCUUCCAGUCACAAUUGCACUGAAAUUUUGACCAGGUUCUUACGCACAGUGCCUGCAGCAUGGCAGAAUGCGUUUUUCAGUUCUGUAUACUAUGGGACUAGUAAACUGAGUUUUAUCUGUUCCUUGCAAUGUUGCACUUGAUACAAAAAUAAAAAGUUGUCGUGCAUUUGUCUUCCCUAAACUCUUGAGCAAUUAAAAAAAAGGAGCUCCAAAGCAGUCUAACUAAAAUAUUUAACAGGUAUAAAUACCUUAAGCUUUGCUGAUGCUACUCAAGCUCUCAUUAGCAAAUGUCCAGCUUUUAGUUUGUAAUUAUUUAGAAGUAUUUAGUCAUUUGCCAGGGAGCUGUUUGGGGCCAAUCCCCAUAUUAGCUUGCCAUAAACAUAGGACAGGGCACUGGAGGAAGUACCUGCUGAAGCUGUUUACAUUAGUAACUUGAAGUCUGGGAAGAAGGUGUCUUUCUUUCAAGUGGCUAAAGAAACAUCAUCCCUAAUGUAAGCCCUGUAUGCUGAACUUAGUCCCAAACACAACAGUGACACUACUUUGGCAAGGAAAGACUAUGUAGUUGCUUAAGUAACUGUAUCUACCCUGGUAAGGAAAUCUACUCUUUCCAUGUAUAAAGCCAGUAAAAGAAAGUGCUUUUUUUGCUACACUCAGGCUACGUGUACUCCAAGACACAUAGAAAAGCAGUAAAAAUAAAGCAUACUGAUGACAGA